UACGGUUUUGUCUGGCGUUUAUUUAUCAGCAGCCCCAAUUCAGAAUGUGCGACUUUGAGAAAGCACUAUUUGACGUCAGGUCAUCUGCACACGAGGAGGAUAUGAGUCUGACAGAGACGGAAAUGGGCAAAAUCUAUUCUAUUUCCGGCCCAGUCGUGGUGGCGGAAAAGCUGGUGGGCGGAGCCAUGGAAGAGUUGGUUCGGGUCGGAUACAUGAAGAUUAUCGGCGAGAUCAUUCGCUUGGACGGCGAGACGGCGACGAUUCAGUGCUACGAAGAGACGGCUGGAAUCGGAAUUGGAGAGCCGGUUUGGAGGACCAGGAAGCCGUUGUCCGUGGAGCUGGCGCCAGGCAUAUUGGACAACAUCUUCGACGGGAUUCAGCGCCCGCUCGACGUGAUUCGAGCGAAGUCCGAGAGCAUUUACAUUCCGCGCGGGAUUCACGUGAACGCGCUCGACCGAGAGAAGAAGUGGCGGUUCGUGCCGGGGGAAGUCCAGGUGGGGGAUUUGGUGUCCGCUGGAGACAUUGUCGGCACGGUUCUGGAAAACACGCUCAUCACACACAAAAUCAUGGUACCAUACAAGACGGUGGGGAGGAUAACGUGGAUUGCCGCGGAGGGCGAGUACACGAUAGUUGAGGACAUCUACGAGAUAGAGAACGACGGCGCGACCGUCAGGUACCCGAUGUUGCAGGUGUGGCCGGUUAGGAGGCCGAGGCCGGUGAUAGAGAAGGUGACGUCCGACCACCCGCUGCUGACCGGUCAGAGGGUGCUGGACGCUCUGUUUCCCGUGGUGCAGGGCGGCACGACGGCGAUUCCGGGAGCGUUCGGAUGCGGGAAGACGAUUAUUUCUCAGUCGGUGUCUAAGUACUCCAACUCGGACGUGAUCGUGUAUGUGGGAUGCGGUGAGCGAGGCAACGAGAUGUCUGAGGUGUUGAUGGAGUUUCCCGAGCUGACGAUCGAGUUGAACGGGAAGGAGGAGUCGAUCAUGAAACGGACGACGUUGGUGGCGAACACGUCGAACAUGCCCGUCGCCGCCAGAGAGGCCUCGAUUUAUACCGGCAUCACUCUGGCCGAGUAUUUCAGAGACCAAGGGUACAAUGUGACCGUCAUGGCGGACUCCACCUCAAGGUGGGCCGAGGCUCUUAGAGAGAUUUCCGGGCGUCUCGCCGAGAUGCCCGCGGAAGGCGGGUACCCGGCGUACCUCGGCGCUCGAUUGGCGAGCUUCUACGAGCGCGCGGGCAAGGUGUCCUGUCUGGGGAGCCCCGCAAGGACGGGCUCGGUCACCAUCGUCGGCGCCGUGUCUCCGCCCGGAGGCGACUUUUCCGAGCCGGUCACGGCCCAAACGCUGAACAUCGUCCAGGUAUUCUGGCGGCUGGAAAAGCGCCUGGCCCAGAGAAAACACUUCCCGUCUCUCAACUGGCUGUGGUCCUACUCCCGAUACCUGAACACGCUGGAGCCGUUCUACGAGCAGUUCGACCGGGACUUCACCUCCUACAGAAACACCAUCAACAGCAUCCUGCAGAAGGAAGACGAACUGAACGAAAUCGUCCAAGUCGUCGGUAAGGACUCCCUGGCGGAGAGCGACAAGAUGAUUCUGGACGUCGCCAGACUCAUACGAGAAGACUUCCUGCAGCAAAACAGCUUCACCCCCUGCGAGCGCUGCUGUCCGCUGCUCAAGACUCACUGGAUGAUGAAAAACAUCUGCGCCUACUACAACCAAGCCCUGAUGAAACUGGACUCGAGCUCCUCCACCGAAGGCAAGGUCAUCUGGAACACAAUUCGUACCCAAACGAGAGACAUGCAAUUCAAGCUGUCAAGCAUGAAGUUCCUAGACCCGGCGCAGCCCGACCUCAUGACGAAGAGCCUGAAGGAACUCAACAACCAAAUACUCAACAUGGUGUAGAGGCCCCUCGCGGGCCCCCCCGCAACCACCUCCCCCCUCCUCGGUCACCCAGAAAAAAAAUAAAAAAAAAUAAAUAAAGCGCACUCCGCAA